AAAAAAGGUUUCCCUUCACAUCAACUGCUUGUACCAUUUUUGAAUUAGAUUAGGUGCCACCAUAAAGUCACACCAAGGGGUGCAAAUGGCCCUCGGACUGCAUUCGCACACUCCUGCUGUAAGUCAUCAAGUUAAAAUAAAUAAACACCUGGAAUAUAUCUGUACCUGCAUGAUUCUACCUGAUAAUUUUACCUUCUUGAAUAAAUCUUUUCUAUGGAUAUGCGCAUAUGCAGGGCGGAAAAACUUGCAGUAAAAGGGCGCUUGUGCUGCAGUUGGACUCCCUGUGACUGCUGCCAUGUGGGAAAUGAGUGAACUCUUUGACCCCCGCACGUGUCUGCCCGCCACCUGACGUCACACUGUUCCAAGCAGGAGCGCAAAAACACUGGGAAGCGCUCGCACCAGGCUUUGCGCCAUACGGCCGCUGCGCGACCUUCGCAGCCCGUCUUUUAAACAUCAACCCGGACGGUGGAAGGAAAAUGCGCCUGAACGUGAACUUCCUCUUGUCCCUCCGUUUAAAAACAGUACCGUGUCCCUUUAAAAGCGUCUGACAAAAAGCCCAUAUGAUCCCGGAGCUCCAAUCACCAAUUCCUUCUGCAAAAGCAGUCUCUGCAUUUUUGUCUGUCUGAACGCCACAGCUAUACUCUUGAGUGGGCGAAAGACACAGAGGAAAGGGCAACAAAAAAAAAAAAAAGAAAAGAAAAAAAAAACUGCAGAAAUGUGACAAUCUAACGAUCGUUUUCAUGGCGAGGGGGAAACCGCAGCGAAAGGAGUUAUUCUGGGACUCCUUGGAGCCUCGAAGCGCUGGAUCAAAAUGCUCAUAGUGGAGAAGACCACAGACUUCCCCACUGCUGAGUUCUCUCUGGUGGAGGAUGUGGCUCUGCACUUCACCUGUUUGAUGGACAGGCUGAAUGAGCAGCGCCUCUUCCAGCCUGACCUCUGUGACGUGGACAUCGUGUUGGUGCGCCAGCGCAGCACCUUUCCUGCACACAAGGGAGUGCUGGCGGCCUACAGCCCCUUCUUCCACUCUCUUUUCGCCCAAAGCAAACAGUUGCGGCGUGUGGAUCUGUCCCUGGACGCCCUGACCUCUCAGGGCCUCCAGCAGAUUCUCAACUUCAUUUACACCUCCAAGCUGCUGGUGAGCAGCAGCACCGUCCGUGACGUGCUGAACGCUGCCACAGUGCUUCAGAUGAGCGACAUCGCGGCGUCCUGUCGAGAUCUCCUCAGCAGCCACUCGCUGAGAGCCACCUGCAGAGAGAUGGCCAAUCAGGAAGGGUUCGACCCAGCUGAGAUGCCUCCCUGCCAGCUGUACCGGGAGAUCAAACAGGAGUCCGAGCUCGGCAGGGUCUACACGAGAGAAGGCAGCAGCCCGUUCUCCGUCAGAGUGGAGGAGGUGGGAAAGAUGGUUGCCCAGACAAAGCAGUACUAUCAGAAAGAGGAGGGGCCGGGAGGCGGGGCCAGCACGGGUGUGGCCUCUCUGUGUAAAGUGGAGGGCGACGGAGAGGAGUCGAAACCAGCGGACAGUCACACCUCCUUCAACAGAGAUCAGAUCAUCGUCGAAGUCAACCUCAACAACCAGACCCUGAACGUCUCGAAGGGAUCCGAUGGGAAAUCUUCCACAAUCACAGAACCCAUGUUUGGCCGUUGUCAUGAAAACGAGAGAGACUCUGAGGGUGACGAGGACGAUGAGAUGGAGAAUGGUGACGGACGUGAAGAGGAGGGCGACGACGAUCUAAAGAGGACAGACAUACUGGGGCAUACCAGUGGAGAGGAAGAUGAGGAGGACGAGGAGGAGGAGGAAGAGGAGGAGAACACCUUAAACAUUCCUGGACUGGAGCAGCCAGUCGUAAUGGAUCGACCUCGCCGGGGAACCAGAGCCUUAGCCGUGGUGGGCGCCACUGCCAUGCGUCAGACGCUCGCAGAGGCCACCCUGACCAACCAGCGACAGGGCGGGAAGAAGGCACUGGAUGCAGAGGGCCUAGGUCAGAAGGUCAGGCUGGAGGAGAAGCAACACUUCCCAUGUAAAAAAUGCCCUCGCAUCUUCAACAACCGCUGGUACCUGGAGAAGCACAUGAACGUCACGCACAACCGCAUGCAGAUCUGCAACAACUGUGGGAAGCGCUUCCUGUUGGAGAGUGAGCUGCUGCUGCACCAACAGACGGACUGUGAGCGGAGCAUCCAGUGUGUGACCUGUGGAAAGGCUUUCAAGAAGCUGUGGUCGCUGCACGAGCACAACAAGAUUGUCCACGGCUACGCGGAGAAGAAGUUCUCAUGCGAGAUCUGCGAGAAGAAAUUUUACACCAUGGCUCACGUCAGGAAGCACAUGGUCGCCCAUACGAAGGACAUGCCAUUUACCUGUGAGACAUGCGGAAAGUCGUUCAAGCGCAGCAUGUCCCUGAAGGUCCACUCUCUGCAGCACUCGGGAGAGAAACCCUUCAAGUGUGAGAGCUGCAGCGAGCGCUUCCAGUACAAAUACCAGCUGCGUUCGCACAUGAGCAUCCACAUCGGACACAAGCAGUUCAUGUGUCAGUGGUGCGGAAAGGACUUCAACAUGAAGCAAUACUUUGACGAGCAUAUGAAGACGCACACUGGAGAGAAGCCGUACAUCUGUGAGAUCUGUGGGAAGAGCUUCACGAGUCGGCCCAACAUGAAGCGCCACCGCCGCACCCACACCGGAGAGAAGCCAUACCCCUGCGAGGUGUGCGGUCAGCGCUUCCGCUUCUCCAACAUGCUCAAGGCCCACAGGGAGAAGUGCUUUCACGUCACCAACCCCAUGGUGGUCCCAAACGGCGGCGACCCCCUCGGCCUCAACCUGCCCCUCGUCUCUCCUGCCGCGGACUCUUCCGGUCCGGCACAGCUGGGAACGCCGGCCUCCGCCGCCACGCCCUCCGCCGCCUCCAGCCCACAGCUCCUCCACAGCACCCAGCUGUCUCUCUCCCUGCUGCACCCCAUGGGGGGGCUGGCUGCUGCCUCACAUUUACCCCCACCGCCUCCCUUGUUCUCUGCUGGUAGGAUGAACUCCAACAACUAACAAAAUUUCUGUAGCAUUUAAAGCACUUUGUUUGGCAUCUCCUUGUUUAAGAGCAGACUCGCAGCGGGAGAUUGACAUUUACACGGAAGACAAAACUGAAAA